CUUGUCUAUUUCGACCGCUUCUUUGUAUUUUAAAUAGAGAGGACUAAUUUAUUGCGACAGCUACUUAUAUGAACAUGCGCUAUAGUUAUAUAAGCAAAAUAUCGUCAAUAAUAUUAACUUGAAGUUAGAUGUACUGAACUACUAUAGAUUUGUUGAUUUACUACUGCUUAUUAUUCAAGACACUUGAGCCAACUUUAAUAGAAUCGGAUUGGUUUAUAUGUUCUUAUGUACAAAACAUGUCAACAUUAAUAAUUUUUACACAGGAAACAAUGAAAAAAAUAUUAAGGUCCAAUCAGAUUUAAUAUUAACACGUGUUAAAGCAUCUUAUAAAAUCAUAAAAUGUGAUGCGGCAUUUCUGAUAAGAAAUUAAUCUGGCAAAGAUAAACGAUCAAACAUCAGAAGUAUCGGAACCACAUUCAUAACGCAACAGAAUCAAAUUUUCAAUGGACGCUCGUUCCGGCGAAGUGUCGGGAGGCAUUUACAGCUCCUUCCGGUCCAACGGCGCUCCGACCUAUUACGGUUCCAUCGACACCGCGUGGCAUGCGGAUAUUCUCCAGGCGGGUAUCUACUUCGCUGCAGCGACUCUACUGGCAUCGUUCAUACUCAUUGUACCCGGCUACACAGGGAAGUCGAAACUGUUUACAUUCUUUAGGAUUCUUGUUGGUGUAUACGUUGGAACCGCUAUUCUAGUUUGCCUUGUGAGCGACCGUUGGGAGACGGGCGAGGUGCACGUGCGCAGCAAGUAUAAAGCGGGUACGGGGGCGGAAGUGGAUGCGUACAUAGGUCUGCAUAUCGGCCUUAAAGGAGUCAACAUCACUCUUAAAGGCACUCCGGUACAUCAACUGAAUGAAACUAUCAACUACAAUGAACACUUUGACUUCUCCAAUCGUCAGGGAUUGAAUUUCUUCGGACCUAAUGCCAAUCAGUUCAACCAGGAGUACCGCGCGGCCCAGUUCCGCGGACUGCCCCUCCCCAUUCUCUGGGUGGCCGAGUAUUUCACCCUGGAUGACGAGUGGCUUCGCUGGGGCAGACACUACCGAGAGUCAGGGCUGUAUGCGUCGAUUGCGCUAUGGAUAUCCCUGGUGUUCUGGGUCCUUGCGAACAUCCUGGUUUUCAUGUUGCUGAGAUACAACGCGUAUAUGGUGACUCUUACCGGGUUGACCAUGUGCACAUCAGUCGUAAUCAAGCACAACUUCCAGAAUCCCGCACCUCUCCGUAUACCGUUUUCCGCUGAGCAUGUAUUGCAUAUGAACUACGGGUAUUCGUUUUGGAUGUGCUUUUUUACGGGGUGUUUUUGUGUUUUAUGGGGCCUUACGAUAUUCGUCCUUGACCUGUGUUGGCCGCGUUCUGCAGCUGCCUUCUUCAGUGCAGAUCCGCUACAGGAUGAAUACUUGCUACAGAAAGAGGAAUCCAUCCCGUCUAACGACACAAGCGUGACCACAGUAACGGAAAACUCAUUGACUUCGGUUGACAUAGUGGAUGAACAUGGAAACGCGAGCAAAAAGGAAACGAACACAAUCCUCAGCUAAAAGAACAUCUCGAAGAAAGGCUGAUCAAGACGGCUUUUUCGGCGUCGGUAACGAAAAUCCUGACGCUGAUUGGACUGGAAGCGCUGAUCAUGGUCGGACGAACUCCUUGGAUGAUGAAGUAACACCCACCGAGUCGGAAGACAGUGAAGGGGAAACCAGGAGUCCUUCCGCUCGCAUACCCCACCGUACCUCCAGACCCCAGCGAGGUAGGCCGUGGCCUCAUCAAUCGUUUCCAGAAACCCAGACGGGUCCCCUACGCCUCUAAAGAGGGGCGAAGUAACCUGAAAAGAAAUAUAAGAGCGACAAAAAUAGGAGUUUCCAAAGCAUAACCGUAAUACUCGUCUGGUUUCGAUAGUGGUGGAAAUAUCGUGUCCGCUCUACAUAAAUAUAUCUACUUUUUUAACUUAAAGAGGAUUUUAAGAGACUAAUUUUUGUAAAUGUUUUUUUUAUUGUGUAAAUUAAACAAUAUCUAAUAUAUGGGAAAGUCUGAUAACAUUAUGAGGGCAAAAAAAGUUAGAUAAAAGCAAAAUCAAGCGCGCUACAACUGCACCAUUAAGACUUGAAAACUGAUUAUCGUUUUCUACUAUGCUCUUAGAUUAAAAUGUAUUGUAUUUUUGUUUAAAACUCAUUAUCCAAGUUUUCGAAGAAGAUCGUAAAAUAUGAAAUAUUAUUUGAACGCUUUAGUAACGUUAAUCCAUCAAAUGAACCGAUACUGUUUUAUUUAUCUUGUUCAAACAUAAAGCAAACAUCCGUUUUCUUAACACUGUUGUGAACAUUUUUGAGAAAUUGUCAUUUUGCCAAAAUGUGAACAAGUUCAUUUCAUGACCUGGUCAGUGGUGCGCUUUUAUAAAUAGAAACCACUAAGAAUCAGCAUGCUCUUUCCUACAAUUAUUUUUACCUACAUUUGCCGACAACCAAUCACGCGUGUGCUUAUAUUCCCAUUUUGUACUUAUAAUCUUCACGUUACAAUAUGAUCAGUUUGUGUCAAAUGAUUUGCAUACAUAUAAAAUAUCAAACUGAGACUUGUACAGGAUUUUUAUUAUGCUUCGUUUAUCCCCGCUGAACAACGUUUUUAUUACUCAUAUUUUCUUUAAAAGACAGCUAUAAAGCUCGAGUGUGUA